CAAUAAUAAAGAUGGACGCCUUUGUUUGGGUGCUGAUAACUUUGCAUUCAUGGCCAUUUUUUAAGUUCAGUGUAGCACAAAACAGGGACGAUUUCAAUUAUACGUUUGCACGGGCUAACGAUUCGGUCAUCGAUUUGUUUGGUAAGCAUAAUUUCACGGAUUACGAGAAUUCCACCGCUCUAGACGCUGAGAGUGUUUCAACUGGACCGACUGUGGUUAGCACAAGAGAAGGGACUGGUUUUAGCACACCGUCAACCACAGAGUCCACGUCCACGCCACCGUCGAUGUCUCCUCAAGUACCUCUGCCGCUCUCCGGCUCCCUGCCUCCCUCUGUCACGGAUGGUAAGGACGGUUGAUUGUCUCUCAAAAUGUAAUGUCUCUGCACCCUACUUUCUGCACUAUGGCCUACACUACUUUAGACAGAAGAACACUUAUCAGAUAUAUUUCAUGGAAAUGUAUUUGUUCGAAAGUAUUUGAACAGGGCCAUACAUAAGAGUACAUAGAUAUUGAAUAUACAAUUUUAAGGCAAUCUACAUGUGAUGUGGUUUGUGCAUAGUCCAAUAAAGCCCAUAACAUGGGUAAAAGGGCGGGUAGGCCUAUACCCCGUUCUGUUAUAGCAAGCCUAACAUAAGGUGGAUUCCAGAUAUAUACUGUAUUGAAUGUACUAUGGGUUACUAUUAUAUUAAUGUGGUCCCUUAGAUAUAGGUUGUCUCCCAAAUGGCACUAUAUUCCUUAUACAGUCCACUACUUUUGACCAGAGCACCCCUAUGGGCCCUGGUCAAAAGUAGUGCUCUAUAUAGGGAAUAGGGUGCUAUUUGGGAUGUACACAGUCUUGGAAAUCCCAGACCUAGGGCAACAGCACAUUGUUUACAUUGUGAGAGGCAACCCAUCUGUCUAGAAAGACUAACACACGCAUAAGGAUCAGGGAAUUAGCCUAGGUGUAACCCAUUAGGUGAGCUCAGUCUACGUUGCUGUAUCACUUCAGCUAAAUAAGCUUUCUUUAUCCUCAGUUUCCAGAAUUUGCCCGUGCGAUCAAUCAAAGGACCAGUGUGACCCCAACUGUUGCUGUGACCCAGACUGCAGCGAAGAAUUCGCUCUCUUCACCGGCUGUACAGUGGAAACAGUCCGGCAAGUCACUAGUCCUCCUCCUUCCUUUUCUGAUGACUUGGGAUUUGACAUGAUCAGUGUAAUAAUUGAUUUAUGUGUUCUUUCCAGUGGUGAGCCGAAGCUUUGCAGUCAGGACGUGGCCACCUACACCAUUAGUGAAACUAUAGACGGCUAUGCUCAGGUGCAGACGUCUGUCCAGCAGGAGGUUAACCUAGACGUCUUCUGCAUACAGUCAACUAACUGUACGUUUAAUAGGCCUUGAUAUAAUAUGAUCUAGGCCGUGGCUACGAAUACAGAGUUUUCGGCCUCGCCUCACGCCCACCUGCCGUUCCGGAAACCUCUUUUUUAAAAUCUAAGGAUCCGGAUCACAUUCGUUUUUCUAAUGUAGCUGCUGCUCACUCCCCCCUUCGUGUUUCUCUCUUUACUCACCCUCUUCUGAACCCUGAUGAUGUAGCCUAUGUCUCUGUCUCAUAUUUCUAAACAGCUGAAAUAAAAACCCUAUGGCAAUUUGAACGAACAUUCCAAAACAUAUUAUGAAGGCUACAACCUUCUCUGUCUGUCUGUUGUAACGGGUAUUGCCGUUGCACAAGCAGGACGCAGUACUUACACUUUCAGCGUUUUGUGUGAUGAUGUAGGCUAAUCUUUACAGUUGCUGCCAUAUGGUAGUUCCUGAAAAAAGAACACUCCAUGACUGAAAGUCUGCCUCCUGCGCAGCUUAGCCAAUGUUUGCAAUGAUGAUUUAAAAAAACAACAACAUUCAAUCGCUAAUUAGACUGUGUUUCUGUGUCUUGCUGCAUCCCACCGCUGGGCAGCCAAACUUUCUAGGCAGCUGGGCAUUUAUCCGGACCGGUGAAAAGAGUCAGUUCGUUUUGCAUUGACCUGGUGCCAUAGCUAUGCCAUAUAUGCUAAUAUUGUGGUGAGAGUAAAUAGCUGCAUGUAACUCAGCAGCUAAGAAGAGCAUCAAAUCGCUAGACUACCUGUUUGUGUUGUGCUUAUGUUUGCAAUACUGACAACAAAGUGUGUACGAACAUGUCGAUAAUGUAUUUUGUGUAAAACAUGUAAAUAGCUGCAUGUAGCCUACUCCCCUCCUGAAAAAAUAACAUGAAAUCGCGCUUUUGCUUAUUGAGGAAUGGAAUGCAAUAGUUUGAACAGUUUUGUGUACAACAUGAAGUUUGUAGGCUACACCAAAUCAAAUGUUAUUUGCCACAUGCGCCGAAUACAACAGGUGUAGACAUUACAGUGAAAUGCUUACUUACAAGCCCUUAACCAACAAUGAAUUUUUUAAAGAUGAAAAUAAAAUAAGUGUUAAGUAAAAAAAAUAAAAGCAAAUAACUGAAGAGCAGCAGUAAAAUAAAAUAACAGUAGGGAGGCUAUAUACAGGGGGGUACCGGUGCAGAGUCAAUGUGCGGGGGCACCGGCUAGUCGAGAUAAUUGAGGUAAUAUGUACAUGUGGGUAGAGUUAAAGUGACUAUGCAUAAAUAAUAAAAAGAGUAGCAGCAGCGUAAAAGAGGGGGGUGGGGGGGGGGCAGUGCAAAUAGUCCGGGUAGCAAUGAUUAGCUGUUCAGGUGUCUUAUGGCUUGGGGGUAGAAGCUGUUGAGAAGCCUUUUGGACCUAGACUUGGCGCUCCGGUACCGCUUGCCUUGCGGUAGCAGAGAGAACAGUCUAUGACUAGGGUGGCUGGAGUCUUUGACAAUUUUGAGGGCCUUCCUCUGACACCGCCUGGUAUAGAGGUCCUGGAUGGUAGGAAGUUUGGACGACUGUCUUGGUGUGUUUGGACCAUGAUAGUUCGUUGGUGAUGUGCACACCAAGGAACUUGAAGCUCUCAACCUGUUCCACUACAGCCCCGUCGAUGAGAAUGGGGGCGUGCUCAGUCCUCUUUUCUUUCCUGUAGUCCACAAUGAUCUCCUUUGUCUUGAUCACGUUGAGGGAGAGGUUGUUAUCCUGGCACCACACGGCCAGGUCUCGGACCUCCUCCCUAUAGGCUGUCACAUCGUUGUCGGUGAUCAGGCCUACCACUGUUGUGUCAUCAGCAAACUUAAUGAUGGUGUUGGAGUCGUGCCUGGCCAUGCAGUCAUGGGUGAACAGGGAGUACAGGAGGGGACUGAGGGGCCCCCGUGUUGAGGAUCAGCGUGGCAGAUGUUUUGUUACCUACCCUUACCACCUGGGGGCGGCCCGUCAGGAAGUCCAGGAUCCAGGUGCAGAGGGAGGUGUUUAGUCCCAGGAUCCUUAGCUUAGUGAUGAGCUUAGAGGGCACUAUGGUGUUGAACGCUGAGCUGUAGUCAAUGAACAGCAUUCUCACGUAGGUGUUCCCCUUGUCCAGGUGGGAAAGGGCAGUGUGGAGUGCAAUAGAGAUUGCAUCAUCUGUGGAUCUGUUGGGGCGGUAUGCAAAUUGGAGUGGGUCUAGGAUUUCUGGGAUAAUGGUGUUGAUGUGAGCCAUGACCAGCCUUUCAAAGCACUUCAUGGCUACAGACGUGAGUGCUAUGGGUCGGUAGUCAUUUAGGCAGGUUAUCUUAGUGUCCUUGGGCACAGGGACUAUGGUGGUCUGCUUGGAACAUGUUGGUAUUACAGACUCAGUCAGGGACAUGUUAAAAAUGUCAGUGAAGACACUUGCCAGUUGGUCAGCACAUGCCCGGAGUACACGUCCUGGUAAUCCGUCUGGCUCUGCGGCCUUGUGAAUGUUGACCUGCUUAAAAGUCUUACUCACAUCGGCUACGGAGAGCGUGAUCACAUAGUCAUCCGGAACAGCUGGUGCUCUCAUGCAUGCUUCAGUGUUGCUUGCCUCGAAGCGAGCAUUGAAGUGAUUUAGCUCGUCUGGUAGGCUUGUAUCACUGGGCAGCUUGCGGCUGUGCUUCCUUUUGUAGUCUGUAAUAGUUUUCAAGCCCUGCCACAUCCGACGAGUGUCAGAGCCGGUGUAGUACGAUUCAAUCUUAGUCCGGUAUUGACUCUUUGACUGUUUGAUGGUUCGUCGGAGGGCAUAGCGGGAUUUCUUAUAAGCGUCUGGCUUAGAGUCCCGCUCCUUGAAAGCGGCAGUUCUACCCUUUAGCUCAGUGCGGAUGUUGCCUGUAAUCCAUGGCUUCUGGUUGGGGUAUGUACGUACGGUCACUGUGGGGAUGACAUCAUCGAUGCACUUAUUGAUGAAGCCAGUGACUGAUGUGGAGUUCUCUUCAAUGCUAUCUGAAGAAUCCCGGAACAUAUUCCAGUCUGUGCUAGCAAAACAGUCCUGUAGCUUAGCAUCUGCAUCAUCUGACCACUUUUUUAUUAACCGAGUCACUGGUGCUUCCUGCUUUAGUUUUUGCUUAUAAGCAGGAAUCAGGAGGAUCGAGUUAUGGUCAGAUUUGCCAAAUGGAGGGCGAGGGAGAGCUUUGUACGUGUCUCUGUGUGUGGAGUAAAGGUGGUCUAGACUUUUUUUUCCUCUGGUUGCACAUUUAACAUGCUGGUAGAAAUUAGGUAGAACGGAUUUAAGUUUCCCUGCAUUAAUGUCCCCGGCCACUAGGAGCGUUGCCUCUGGAUGAGCGUUUUCCUGUUUACUUAUGGCCUUAUACAGCUCAUUGAGUGCAAUCUUAAUGCCAGCAUCGGUUUGUGGUGGUAGAUAGACAGCUACGAAAAAUAUAGAUGAAAAGUAUCUUGGUAAAUAGUGUGGUCUACAGCUUAUCAUGAUAUACUCUACCUCAGGCGAGCAAAACCUUGAGACUUCCUUAGUAUUAGAUUUUGUGCACCAGCUGUUGUUUACAAAUAUACACAGACCGCCACCCCUUGUCUUACCGGAGUCAGCCGUUCUAUCCUGCCGAUGUAGCGUAUAUCACGUCAGCUGUAUGUUGUCCAUGUCGUCGUUCAGCCACGACUCUGUGAAACAUAAGAUAUUACAGUUUUUAAUGUCCCGUUGGUAGGAUAACCGUAAUCUUAGGUCAUCCAAUUUGUUCUCAGAUGAUUGAACAUUGGCUAAUAGGAUUGAUGGAAGAUGCAGUUUACUCGCUCGCCGUCGGAUCCUUACAAGGCACCCCGACCUAUGUCUACGAUAUCUCUGUCUAAUCCCCGAGCCCACUAGGUGAAAAAUCUGUCGAUGUGCCCUUGAGCAAGGCACUUAACCCUAAUUGCUCCUGUAAGUCGCUCUGGAUAAGAGCGUCUGCUAAAUGACCAAUUAUUAUAAUUAUAUUUCUCAUGUGAAUAACAGGGAUUUGGGCCUUGUCGGGUGUCUGUAGGAUAUCCUUCGCGUCCGGCUCGUUGAAGAAAAAAUCUUUGUCCAAUACGAGGUGAGUAAUCGCUGUCCUGAUAUCCAGAAGCUCUUUUUGGUUAUAACAGACGGUGGCAGAAACAUUAUGUACAGAAUAAAUUACAAAUAACGCGGAAAACACACAUAAUAGUACAAUUGGUUAGAGGGCUGUAAAAUGGCAGCCAUCUUCUCCGGCCCCACUUCAAUGUGACCAGACAAAGGCGAUCAAGGAGGGGGGAGCGGCAGCAGAGCUCUCAGCACAGCAAGUACGUUGGCAGUGGAGUGGGCACUCGGCUAUGUAUUUUCUUUCUUCCUGCAUACGCACAGAAUUUGUAGCCUGGGCAAAUUGGGAUACUGAAACUCCGUAUCCGUAGCCACUCUGUACAAUCCAUGACCUGAUUCUCAUGCUCCCUCCACUCUAGUUAUUUAACCUCUUUGGUUAACUAGCAGUUUAUUAAUGUUAGUUGAUCAAUAUCUGACAUAAGUAGGGAUAUACACACCUGUAAUACAGAAAAAUGUGAAAGUGUGAUUCUUGAAUUUCAAACGUCUGAAAGCAUAAUUGAUCUAUGAGUCUAUGAUAAGGUAACAAUUAUCUAUGUACUGUACAUCUGUGUUGAAGAUGAGGCAGGACUGUCCCUCGCCACACCUGAGGUUCCUACCGCAGGGAACUUUGAUGGCCUCUACAAGCACUUUGUGCAGUUCUUGUUUGGUUCUGCCAAUAAUGGGGCCACAUCGUCUACAGUGGAACCCCUAACCUCACCUGGAUACCUGGUGAGACUCACUCAAACCCCACACUGUUGACAAUAUCCAUCAAGAAGAAUCAAGUGUUUUUGUUUUGAGGUUGUUGUCUGGUGAUAGUACAAGAUACCUAAUAGUGAAACACCCUUGGGAUCUCUGUCUGCUGCAAUGAACACAUUUUGACACUAGCUUCAGUUAGCGCCUUCUCUCUCUUUCCAACUAUUUUUUCCCCCUUCAGUACAGAGAUGUCAUAGAAACGGAGGAAGAAAGUGGAGGAAGGGGGUUCUUCCGGUUGCCGGCCCCCUCUGUUACGGCCCACUGCUCUGACCUGAACCCUGCAGGUACAAGAGAACUGUUCACCUCCAUAUACAUUCACACUGUCAGUAUUGGCCCCCUCCCAAUUAGGUCCCUAGUUUUUCACAGAUCUGAAGGGGGAUAGGGGUAAGCAGUAAUGUGAUGGCUCUACUUAAAUACCCAUACAUUUUUACAUUGAGCCAUGGAGCUUUUCACAUUGCUUUCACCUAUCUAGUCCUUUUAGAUGGGUGAAAAAUAAAAGGGCUAGGGACCGACAUGGAACCAGAACACGGCUGAGUGUUCUCAGUGUUUGUGUGGAAGAGGAGGAGGAUGACGAAGAGGAGGAGGUUUGAGGGGAAGGGGCCAGAGGCCAAAAUAGAAGGGGGUCACAAUGUAACCACACCACUUUGUCCUCAUCCCUCACUUUAGCCUAAACCUCUCUCCUCUUCAGCGUUCCUGAGGGAGCAGAGCAAUAGAUGCGUGCGGAGCCUGGUCCUGGAGUGGGACUGUACCACCUUGCAGGCCCUGAACAUGCACAGCUACACUGGCCCCCGCCUCCUCUCUGUGAGUUGGUCUGUCCUUGAUGUUCAGCUUUAUGUUUUGGAAAGUUCAAACUGUUUUAAUCUUAAAGUCACUGUCCAAUGAAAAUCACAAUUUUAAAAGUUCAUGUUCUGUCAACUCAUACCCAAAUAAUGUGGUUGACUAGUACUUUUACUUGUAGUUGUGGCCAGCAUAAAUUAGAGAAAAACCACUCUGUAAAACCCCACCUCAAACUUGUAUCUGAACAGGCCAAUUCCCUUUUUAUUUCACAGAAGAAGAGUGAAGAUGCGCGUGUUGUGGCUGUGGAGGUGACCUCCAUCGUCCUGCAAUCUUUGGAGGGGACUCAGACCCAGCUGAACCUCACUGGUGACUUGAGCCUGGACCCGCUACUGUUGGUCACUAUGGUCCCUGACUCAGCAGUGUGCAUCAAUGUGGUGCUCCAGGUGAAUUCUAAAGUCUCACAAAGCAAGCUACGCAGGAUGGCCGCUCUGCCAACAAAAAACAUACAAACGUGUGGAGCGAGGCAAUUUGUAUAACUCCACGCAAGUACGCAGGAACUAUUUUGCAUAGAUAAAUGUGACAGAUACCCUGUCUCAUGGCCAAGGGAGGUGGUAGGUGGGAAUGAGGAGGACCUACCACCUUGAUUGUAGGAAACAUGGCUUGACUUGAAGAAGACUUGUCCUUUAUCAUAAACAUUCAGACUCAAAUCACUUAUGUCAAAUUUUUUACAUUCUGUUUUCCUCUGCUGACAGGUUGGUUACACGGUCACGUACAGUGAGGCUGGAGACAUUGUGAAUGUGACCGCUUCCUUGGUACUUGGAGCCAUUGACCGUAACAUGGUUCCAAUGGAGCAGGAGUUUCAAAUUGCAUUCGUCCAGGUGCCAUAUUUAUGUAUUGUUUUAGCAUUUUGCAUCAUCCAGAAAAGUGGUUUACUCUUAAUUUAAAUGAAAGCCAAAAUCACGAUCACUUCAGUCAGUAAUACUUCUCUCCCCUUGAUGUCUUCUGCUAGCAGAAUGUGGACGAAGUGGCGCGCCACUCCAGUGGGAAUCCUGGUUAUGUUGUGGGGCUCCCUCUAAUGGCUGGAUCCAAAACAGCAGAAUAUCCUUUUUUGGAGAUGCCGCUAGUUUUAUAUUUACUGGAGGUGGUUGAGUGAGUUGGGUAUAAUUUCUCUUACAUGUGUCGUGACGUGACUUACUUUAAUGUAUGACUGUUAUUUAUCUAAUCACCUAACUAUGUUUAAUUGUCACUCGAUUAAAUUAAUAAUGUAACAAUUAACUCAUUAGGAAUUUGGGGCACCACGGAAGAAGUUGUUUAACGAGUUACCAUCUCCCGAAUUAAAUCUUAGAAGAUAUGUUAUAUAUAUCGAUAACAGUCACUUAUUAAAUAAUUACCUCUUAUCAGUCUCAUUCUGAAUGUCGCAUAAUCCUUGAACCUGCAAGAACCCUAACCUUAUUGAUGAAUCAGCAAUACACAAAUUGGCUUAAUUAUUUAUUUACUAACUAACUAAAUAAUAACAAUACAAACACACAUAGGUUAUUGAUUUCUAACGUAAUACAAUGAAAACAGGUCCCUAGUGGACUGGACUAACAUUAGCAUGAAUGCUUGGGUAGUGGAGGGGUCAGAAUGGAAGGGAGAGACAAGAGAUUCAAACUAUCGUAGUUACUUUGGAGACUAUGCUCACAGUAAUCAUAAUUCUUAUGCACCCUAAUAACGCUAAUUCGGAUUAGAAAUGCAACAUGUAUUUACGUGUAGCUGUCCUCGAGAGUUGAGUUGAUGAUGUAGGACUCUGGUUUGCCGACCAGAGAUCCCAAUGUCCUUGGUAGAGUUUCUGGUCGUAGUAGUGGUUAGAAUGGAUACUUCAGAUGUACCAGUGGUUGUCGGAGAGGGAUUGUCCUCUAUCUCUUGUCUUUAGUGAAAGUUCUCUAGACAACUAUACAUGCCAGCUGCAGACUGAAAUGAUAAGGUCUAGUGCAUUGUCUUCUUCACCUCGUGUAGAGGUUCAGAGUUUCUCCAUUUCAAACGUGUGGACUAACGUCUCACGUUUUCUGGUCUUUCUGGUCUUGUAGAAAUUCAACCAUUUUAAGCCGUGGGGCUUGCUGGUCUGGUAGAAAUUCAACCAUUUGCAACGUUUAGCUCACGCUUCACAUCUGCUGGUCUAAAGGUUGAUUUGUUUUUCAAGGCUUUUUAUGCACUCGGGGUAAAGGGGGCGUUCCAUCAUGUUUACACGAUCUCUGAUGUCACUCGGGGCGUGGCUAGUCAUAGUAAUAAUAUGCCAUUUAGCAGACGCUUUUAUCCAAAGCGACUUACAGUCAUGCGUGCAUACAUUUUUUGUGUAUGGGUGGUCCCGGGGAUCGAACCCACUACCCUGGCGUUACAAGCGCCGUGCUCUACCAAUUGAGCUACAGAGGACCAUAGUUUAUAUGAAAAACUAUUUUCUCAUUUAGAAGACUAAAAUCACAUUCCUAUCUUCACCAAAAUUUUAUACAACAAUUUAGAUGUAAACUUCAUAGAUAGAAUAUGUACACUUUCCGAGUUACAGUUAUUACUUGAUACCAUCCUUAAUGACAUCACAAAAUAAUAAACAAUAUGACAUGAUUAUUCUUUAGAUCCCCACUGACCAUUUCCCACAUUCUUUUAAGUAGGAUUAUUGUUUCAUUAUCCACUUUUGGAUGUUGGGGUCUUGGCAGAAAGACUUCCUUUGUCUCACAGGGAAAUUCUUUCUUCCCAUACUAGAGACCAAAAUGAGUCCUUUUCUGCAAACUAUUUAUGACCGGCUGUUAAGUCAUAAAACUGGCACACAGGAAAGGGGGUGUUCAAACCUUUGCCUAGCAGGCAUGUUUGAUCCUCAACCCAUGAGGGCAAGUCAUGACACAUGGCAUAUUCUUCAUGUGUUUUCAGGUCGUCAACUAUCCAUUUGUUGUGAUCAAAGUGGCAUGGGAUCCCUUUGAAAAGCAGCAGAGGCUUCAGCUUUCUAUGACCUGUGGAUUCACUAGUUCCUUGGUUUUCUUGAAAUAACUCCCUAUUUCGCAGUUUUUUAAGAGAUAUGAACAUGAAAUAUGCACCCUAUUACUGACUCAAUGCUGAAUAACCCAUAUUGAAACGUAUAUGAAACCUAUAAGUUAUAUCUGAGUAUUUCUCAAAUGUGAAGAGAUGUCAGACAUAUUGUAUUUGUGUCCUUAACUGUCCUGCUUACUGGAAUAGUUCAGAGUGCUGAUUCGAGGGGAGCUCUUACCCUCCUCCAUGGCUCCAAACUGUCAGACUGUCUCAGAGGGCCCCAUCACCGCUCCCCUGUCCUGUUCGGGGUUGACAUGGUGUCAGGCUGCACGUUGAGGUGAGAGAGGACGACUGCUCUGUUCUACAGGACCUAAGGCCCAAUCCCAAACAAAUCCCUUGCCACUUUUUCUUGACCCUUGUCCCUCAGCCCCUAAUGUGAAUGUCUUUGGUUGUCUGUAAGUAACUAAGGCAUAGGGGUGAAGGGUUGGUUAGGGAAAUACUGUAUUUCUCUUAUCUCUCUUGCUCUAGGUUGGAUGAGACUGCUAACUGCUCAGUGGUAUCAGAAGUGGUUCUAGGAGUAUUGAGGGGACAAAGCUUCCCCCAGUAUGUGGCCUCUUUUGGGAAUUCCCCACCUCAGAACCCAAUGGACUGGGUGCCAAUAAGGAACCAAACCAAACCUACGGUGAGAAGCUUUGGGCAAAGUAUUUUCAAUACUAUUCAUUGUGAUGUAUAUGUUCCUGUUAUACCAUAUAUUAAGGAUACAGAGACAACCAUUACAUUAAAACAUACUCCAACGAUGACACAAAACAGUAGAUGAAAUUGAUAAGACAUUUGGAUUGAAUCUUGAAAGUUUGCAGAGAAGGGAUGUUAUGUUGAAGGUCUUCCACCACCAACAGACGUAGCUUGCUUUUGAGAAGUGCUUUUUCCGGUUUCUCAACAACCACAAUGGUGUAAACAACAAUGAGUCCAUAUUGAUGGUUGGUUAAUAACAGCCCUUAUAUGUUUCUAUUCUCUUGGGCUAAGCAGGAAGCUCAGAGUUGCAGCAUUCCCCUGUCUCUUCACCUGGAAGUGCAAUGGACCCAAUAUGGAUCCCUGGUGAACCCGCAGGCUCAGAUUGUCAGUGUCAUUGAAGUGAUUCACACCAACACCAGCAACCUGGUAAACCUUGAGUCAUCUUAAACAUUAUGGGACUUGGGACGUUUCCCAGAUUAGGCCCACUGCUAUACUAAAAUGCAUGCUCAAUGGAGAAUCUCCAUGAAAGUGCUUUUUAGUCCAGGACUAGGCUUAGUUUUUUAAAACUGCUUUGGUACUAUUUUCACAACUCUUAGUACAAAACUCCAAACUGGUCACACUUGUAACGCAGCCAGUCUUUCAUUCAAAACCUGUCAUUGUGCAUUCAUUUGGAUUGCAAAAAUCUCUCACCACACAACCAUUGAUUCAAAAUAUAAGUUUGUGAAAUGUAAUGAGAACAUUGGUUUAAUCACCAAAACACAACAUAUGAUAUCUUUUCAAUUUAGUCGUUUUAACUUCCAGUUAAUCCAAUAGAAAACAAUGCAAGAUGCGUGUUUCAAAUCACCCUUAGAAGCGUUGAAAGUAAUAUGAUACUGUACUGUAGAUUACAGUUUUCACAUUAGGCAAUACACUUACAUUACCCAACAAAAUUGACAGAAAAUCAAUAAUUUUCAUAAUAUCUAUCCAAUUUGCAAUCAAAGGUGUGCUCGAUGAAGACAUCCUCUAUAAUUAUUCAUGCAAAAAAACAUUGUAUUUUUCAGAUAUAAUUGCAACAUAGGUGUACUGUCUGUAAUCAAAUGUAAGAAAUUAAAUGAAACAAAUUUAAAUGAAUGAAAAUAAAACACAACGUUUAGCACGCACUCAUUUGCAUCAAUCCUGUCUUGAGUAUUUGGCCAUAAAUUCUCAUCCACAUCACAGUGAAUGUCCUCAUUGUUUAUGCUUAGUGGGAAAACCCUUUUGGCAUGGCGAAUCCAAACUUGACAUUGGUCUGCAUUGAUGUCGCCGCAGGCCUCAUUCAUGGCCAGAAGGAGGGUGGCUGACCUUACACAUUCCACCAUGCUGAAAAAAGUUCCUCAAUACGAUUGUGGAAAGGAGAGGAUGGGGUCACGAAUGGGCCCGAAACCAUCCCUGACCACCUCUGCAUGGUGGAACUUGACAUUGUCCCACACAAUGACAUAGGUGACCUCUUCACCUUGACAGGCCUGCUCAAUUUAAUUGAGGAACACAGAGGUGUGCAGCGUUGUAGGAUCCAAGUAAUGGCCUACAUCCUACCACACCAUCUUCAGAGAAAGCUGACACAUGGAGAUGUUUCCCCCAAGUUGUCCAGGCACUUAGACGGUCGCCUGUUGGCCGAUGAGGUUCCACCCUGUAAUUUAAAUUGAUUUUUAUUUGGAUUUCAUGUAAUGGACAUACACAAAAUAGUCCAAAUUGGUGAAGUGCAAUGGGAAAAAAUAAAUGUUUCAGAAAAUUCUAAAAAAUAAAUAACGGAAAAGUGGUGCGUGCAUAUGUAUUCACCCCCUUUGCUAUGAAGCCCCUAAAUAAGAUCUGGUGCAACCAAUUACCUUCAGAAGUCACAUAAUUAGUUAGAUUGCACACAGGUGGACUUUAUUUAAGUGUCACAGAUCUGUCACAUGAUCUCAGUAUAUAUACACCUGUUCUGAAAGGCCCCAGAGUCUGCAACACCACUAAGCAAGGGGCACCACCGAGCAAGCGGCACCAUGAAGACCAAGGUGCUCUCCAAACAGGUCAGGGACAAAGUUGUGGAUAAUUACAGAUCAGGGUUGGGUAAAAAAAAUAUACGAAACGUUUUUUUUGGUCUUAUUUCUUGUUUGCUUCACAUAAAAAAAUAUUUUGCAUCUUCAAAGUGUUAGGCAUGUUGUUUAAAUCAAAUUAUACAAACCUGCCAAAAAUCAAUUUUAAUUCCAGGUUGUAAGGCAACAAAAUAGGAAAAAUGCCAAGGGGGUGAAUACUUUCGCAAGCCACUGUAAAAUUGUUUUUUGGGGGGGGUUUGUAUCAUUUGAUUUACACAACAUGCCUACCACUUUGAAGAUGCAAAAUAUUUUUUGCUGUGAAACAAACAAGAAAUAAUACAAAAAAACAGAAAACUUGAGUAUGCAUAACUAUUCACCCCCCCCCCCACCCCCCCCCACCCCCAAAGUCAAUACUUUUUAGAGCCACCUUUAGCAGGAAUUACAGCUCCAAGUCUCUUGGGGUAUGUCUCUAUAAGCUUGGCACAUCUAGCCACUGGGAUUUUUCCCCAUUCUUCAAGGCAAAACUGCUCCAGCUCCUUCAAGUUGUAUGGGUUCCACUGGUGUACAGCAAUCUUUAAGUCAUACCACAGAUUCUCAAUUGGAUUGAGGUCUGGCCUUUGACUAGGCCAUUCCAAGACAUUUAAAUGUUUCCCCUUAAACCACUUGAGUGUUGCUUUAGCAGUAUGCUUAGGGUCAUUGGCCUGCUGGAAAGUAAACCUUCAUCGCAGUCUCAAAUCUCUGGAAGACUGAAACAGGUUUCCCUCAAGAAUGUCCCUGUAUUUAGCGCCAUCCACCAUUCCUGUUUCCCAGUCCCUGCCGAUGAAAAACAUCCCCACCGCAUGAUGCUGCCACCACCAUGCUUCACUGUGGGGAUGGUGUUCUCGGGGUGAUAAGAUGUGUUGGGUUGGCGCCAGACAUGGUGUUUUCCUUGAUGGCCAAAAAGCUCAAUUUGAGUCUAAUCUGACCAGAGUAUCUUCUUCCAUAUGUUUGGGGAGUCUCCCACAUGCCUUUUGGCGAACACCAAACGUGUUUGCUUAUUUAUUUCUUGAAGCAAUGGCUUUUUUCUGGCCACUCUUCCGUAACACCCAGCUCUGUGGAGUGUACGGCUUAAAGUGGUCCUAUGGACAGAUACUCCAAUCUCAGCUGUGGAGCUUUGCAGCUUCUUCAGGGUUAUCUUUAGUCUCUUUGUUGCCUCUGAUUAAUGCCCUCCUUGCCUGGUCCUUGCCUGUUUGACCUCUUUGAUGGGGCCCAUGCCCACCUCUCUGACGGGCCCCUUGUCCAUGAGCUCUUUGACUUCUUCCUCUCCCUUGCUGUCUAUCCUACCACUAUGUGAAAUCAAUUAGCAAUAAUGAGUGGUCAUUAUGUGUGGUUAUCAUGUAUCAUACAUUAGAUGUUUAUACUUUACAAAUACACAUUUUAUUUCUGUAGUUCUCAAAAUCCAUAUACAGCAGACAAACCAGUUUAAAAUCUAUAGGUUUACCAACGGUUAAGUGAUUAACCAUUAAAUCCAGUUGGAUUAAGUGAUGGUCAAAUGUAUUUAAACAAAUGAGAAGAGAAUCAUAUGAAACAUAUUGUGCAUUGUAUUGUGAAAGGCAGUUACUUUAUAUGAAAGGUAUUUCUAUAUGAAACACUGAUUAGGUUUGGUGAAAAAAUGACUAUGUGAUUUUGUGUGUUGUACUUAGUCAAUUUAAAAUGUGCUUAAAGUUUUGAAAAAACUGCCUUUUUGAUGAUCUGUUUUGAGUUUUGUACUAAGAGUUGUGAGAUUUUACCACAUACGUGUGAAAAUAGUGCCAAAGCGAUAAGAAACUGUUCCUAUAUACAGUACCAGUCAAAAGUUUGGACACACCUACUCAUUCCAGGGUUUUUCUUUAUUUUUACUGUUUCUACAUUGUAUAAUAAUAGUGAAGACAUGAAAACUAUGAAAUAACACAUAUGGAAUCAUGUAGUAACCAAAAAAAAUUAGUAGUAGCCACCCUUCAUGAGGUAAUCACCUGGAAUGCAUUUCAAUAAACAGGUGUUAAUUUGUGGAAUUUCUUUCCUUCUUAAUGUAUUUGAGACAAUCAGUUGUGUUGUGACAAGGUAGGGGUGGUAUACAGAAGAUGGCCCUAUUUGGUAAAAGGCCAAGUCCAUAUUAUGGCAAAAACAGCUCAAAUAAGCAAAGAGAAAUGACAGUCCAUUAUUACUUUAAGACAUGAAGGUCAGUCAAUGUUUCUUCAUGUGCAGUCGCAAAAACCAUCAAGCGCUAUGAUGAAACUGGCUCUCAUGAGGACCACCACAGGAAAGGAAGACCCAGAGUUACCUCUGUUGCAGAGGAUAACUUCAUUAGAGUUAACUGCACCUCAGACUGCAGCCCGAAUAAAUGCUUCACAGAGUUCAAGUAACAGACACAUCUCAACAUCAACUGUUCAGAGGAGACUGCGUGAAUCAUGCCUUCAUGGUCGAAUUGCUGCAAAGAAACCACUACUAAAGGACACCAAUAAGAAGAAGAGACUUGUUUGGGCCAAGAAACACGAGCAAUGGAUAUUAGACCGGUGGAAAUCUGUCCUUUUGUCUGAUGAGUCCAAAUUUGAGAUUUUUAGUUCCAACCACUGUGUCUUUGUGAGACACAGAGUAGGUGAAUGGAUCACCUCCUCAUGUGUGGUACCCAUCAUGAAGCAUGGAGGAGGAGGUGUGAUGGUGUGGGGGUGCUUUGCUGAUGACACUGUCUGUGAUUUAUUUAGAAUUCAAGGCACACUUGACCAGCAUGGCUACCACAGCAUUCUGCAGCGAUACGCCAUCCCAUCUGGUUUGCGCUUAGUGGGACUAUCAUUUGUUUUUCAACAGGACAAUGACCCAAAACACACCUCCAGGCUGUGUAAGGGUAUUUGACCAAGAAGGAGAGUGAUUGAAUGUUGCAUCAGAUGACCUGGCCUCCACAAUCACCCAACCUCAACCCAAUUGAGAUGGUUUGGGAUGAGUUGGACCGUGGAGUGAAGGAAAAGAAGCCAACAAUGCUCAGCAUAUGUGGGAACUCCUUGUUGGAAAAGCAUUCCUCAUGAAGCUGGUUGAGAGAAUUCCAAGAGUGUGCAAAGCUGUCAUCAAGGAAAAGGGUGUCUACUUUGAAGAAUCUAAAAUACAUUUAGAUUUGUUUAAAUUUUUUUUGGUUAUUACAUGAUUCCAUAUGUGUUAUUUCAUAGUUUUGAUGUCUUCACUAUUAUUCUACAAUGUAGAAAAUAGUUUUAAAAAAUACAUAGAAACCCUUGAAUUAGUAGGUGUGUCCAAAUAUUUGACUGGUACUGUAUAUUACUCAAAGAUCUUGUUAAUCUUUUGUAAAAUUAUCUUGCAGCAGUGUAAAGUAUAACAAGCAUACACAUUCAGAAAAGAUUGAGACACGGAUUUGACGCAACCAAUGUAAUAUUGAUUGUAUGGUGCUCUUUAUAGAAACAUUUGUCACAAAGUGCUUAGCAAAAAUCUAACUUUAUCAGCUUGUAUUUGUAUAACAGCAACCAGAGCACCCAUCGUGACUACACUGUGUCUCACUUACUGAAUGUAAAUCGCUCUGGAGAAGAGUGUCUGUUAAAUGACCGAAAUGUAAUGUAAAUCUACGUGUAGUCCACUUACCGAGGUCAUUAUAUGCCCUGUAAUGGAACAACAACAGACUUUCCUUAGAAAUUGUAGGCUACUGUUAAAGCCUUGUUAGAUUCCAUUGAUUCAACAGUAACUUAAUUGAUGCAUCUUAAACAUAUUGCCAAGUGAUGGAACAAUAGAGUUCAUCUUCCAGACCUCUGGUCAAUGCCAUGACACCUUUAUGUAACACCCUACUUAUUUUUUAUUGCCAUUUUUCUUUUCCUCAGGCGUUACUCUCUGGAGGCAGCCGUGUCAUGUCUGUCACCAGUUCUGUGACCUUCGUACCUGUGUCUGCAGCCGCCCGGCCGGGCUUCAAGGCCUCGCCCACUAUCGACGCCAAGCUGCCAUACGACUUCUUCUUCCCUUUUGUGUGAACGACUGACAGACGGAAGAGUGGGCAGGUGUUGCGCACACACACACACACGAGAAACCGCGGCUAUGUUUUAAUAUCCUCACCAGCAUACGUCUUAGAAUGCAUGGUCAAUACAUUGCUUAAUUCUUAGUGAAAUGCUAGUGUGGAUAUUGGAACAGCGCCUCUCUUUAGUCACCUGGUACACUGACCAAAAUGUAUGGCAAAAAAACCCUGAUAUUGCACUGAUGGUUCUCUGAUGGCACUCAAAUGCUGUUAUUUAUUUGUACAUACUGUAGUUUAGAUCAAAUGAGAUAGCUGGAGAAUUCUUUUUUAUUUUUAACAACAUUUCAUAAUACUUUCACAGUGAUUCAUACUUGUAUUGUCUUUGCAUAGCAAGCAACAGUGGGAUUCAGAAAAACAGCAAGAUGCAACAAAUUCAUUACAGGAUGUUAUGUACAAAACAUUAGCUGUCAAUUCAUUGCUUAACUGAGUAAAGGCAUAGCACAUAAAUCCAU